UCUCUCCCUAAACCCCCCUUCCCUUUGUUUAUCCAAUUUUGCUGAGAUUAUCUUCUUCUUUCACUUGACUCCUUUUCUGUGUGUUUUUGUCCUACGAAAAUUAUAAAUAUGACCAAUCUAUGCCUUUGUCUUUUCUUAGUAAGGGCAUAGGUACCCUACAAACACAAUUAAAGGGGGUCAGUUUGUCCAUAACUAUUGAGAGUGUUAGUGGGUGGGAGGGGACACGUGGCAAGAUGAAGGAGAGUGGGAGGAAACAAGGUGCACCCUCACCUUGUGCAGCAUGUAAGCUACUUAGGAGGAGGUGUGCCCAAGAUUGUGUUUUUUCUCCUUAUUUUCCAGCUGAUGAGCCCCACAAGUUUGCCAAUGUUCACAAGGUCUUUGGUGCAAGCAACGUCAACAAGAUGCUACAGGAAUUGCCGGUGCACCAGCGAGGAGACGCCGUUAGUAGUAUGGUCUAUGAAGCCAACGCCAGGAUUCGUGACCCAGUCUACGGGUGCGCCGGUGCAAUAUCAUCUCUACAACAACAAAUCGAUGCGCUCCAGACCCAAUUGGCCCUGGUGCAAGCUGAGGUGGUGCAUCUCAAGAUGAGGCAGACAGCAACAUUUCCUCAUCAUGGGGUGGGCCUGGCUAGCCCAAGCAAUAGUGGGUCGCCCUCCUCCAGGCUCAUGGGUUCACAUGGAAAGCCCAUUUUUGAGAUGGACUUUGUGGACCAGGCCAACUUGGGAGAUUCAAUGUGGUCAUGAUAGCUUUUUUGAAAAGUCAUGCCCCAGCCCUACUAUAUAUAUACAUAUAUGAUGAUAUAUCUAGAUUAGUGGAUUGUCUUAAGUUUUUUUUUUUUUUUUUAAAUUAUACUUGAUUUGCUAUACACCCACAUGAAUGUCUUAGUGGUGGUGGUGGUGUGUAUAUAUAUAUAUAUAAAUAUAUACUUUUGUAAGAGGUCUUUUGAUCUUAACUAAAUACACAUAUAAAUAUUUACUUUUG